AAACGUGACUAUUGUAACUUUAUGGCUGGAUUAUUUAAAAAGUUGAAAAAGAAACAAGAUGGCCGCCACAGUGUGUACAGCAGUGUUUAUUCCAUGGUGUCCUGCAGUGACCUGACGCCGGGCAGCCUGGAAGUGUGGGUGGACCUGCCAGACACCAUCAAGUACGACCCGUCUCUGGCACCAUUCAAACAUCUGUAUGAACAACACCAUGGAAAACUGGAGUCAACGGAGAAUCAUGAUGGCGAUAAAUCAAUAUUUAAUAAAAAUCUUACCCAAAUCAGUAAAAGUAAAGAAAACGUAGCCAAUAGCGAUGUCCCAGCAAAAGAAUGUGAUAAUAGAUUAGUGGAGCCUGUACACACACAAGAGGGAGAAAAAGUCAGAUCAGCGAGAAAAAAGCAGGUGGACUGCACUCUGAAAGUCGUUAAGCUGUCAAUCCUGGUGGCAGGGUGGGUGUUCCUGACUGCAUCCCUGCUCCUCAACAGGGAAAGGACAGACGUGGUGCUGCACACAGCAGUAAAGGAAGGAGAAGUCAAAGUAUACCCAUUAAACUGCACACUAGGGCGAGUGACCCUAAAAGUGACCCUAACGGGCCCCUUUGACCAAACGGUGGGGAAUGAAACUGACAAUAUUCUGCAAGUUUGGCUGGAGAGGACCUCCGGAGAUAACACAGAGAGCUCCCCUCCCUGGUCGGUGCGGCUGAGGUCUGAUGACCUCAUAGACUUCGCCGAAAGCGCCACAGACACGAAGACGCUGGUGCUGGUGGGGCGUGCGAAUGGCUCGGACACCAAUGAUCUGUUUUCCAGUAAUGGCUCAGAGCUGUCUCUCCGAAUGCAGUCAUCCAGCAACACCACAGUCCCUCUCACCGUCAGCUACGUCAUGAGCCCUUUGGAAGAAAGAGACGGCCUUAUAUACGCAACAGUUCUCCUGUGCACCCUGUAUAUCCUCGUCAUAUUUGAGAUUGUAAACCGCACAAUCGCCGCGCUCCUCUCCUCGUCUCUCUCCGUGGGUGUCCUGGCCCUCACCGGUUCCCGACCCUCGCUGCCCGAGCUGGUCUCCUGGCUGGACGUGGAAACCUUACUGCUGUUGCUGAGCAUGAUGCUGCUGGUCGCCAUAUUGGCUGAGACCGGCUUGCUGGAUUACUUGGCGUUGCUGGCUUUUGAGGUGACAGGAGGUCGCACUUGGCCCCUGAUCAACUGCCUGUGUCUCUUCACGGCCGUGUUCUCCACAUUCCUGGACAACGUGACCACCGUACUGCUCAUGACACCAGUCACCAUCAGGCUCUGCGAAGUGAUGCAGCUGAACCCAGUGCCAGUCCUGAUGUCCAUGGUGAUCUUCAGCAAUGUGGGGGGCGCCGCCACCCCCGUGGGGGACCCCCCUAACGUCAUCAUAGCCAGCCACCCCGCCGUGCUGAGGGAGAACAUAAACUUCAUGACGUUCACGCUACACAUGGGUGUGGGAAUCCUGUUGGUGUGUGUGCAGACAUAUCUGCAACUACGAUACAUGUUUCGGGACCUGAACAAGUUGAGGCAUGACGUGCCUAGGGAGAUACAAGAAAUGCGUCAAGAAAUAGCGGUGUGGAAGCGAGCGGCCGGCUCCCUGUCUCUGUACUCCAGGGACGAAGAUAUCGUAAGGAAAGCUCUAGAAAAGAAGGUAGAAAGGCUGAACGCGGCAUUACUGAAGAAAGAGGCGGGCGGCGGCGUCAACAAAACUGACCCCAAAUUCUGCUCCACCCUGGCACAGAUGAAACAGAAGUACCGCAUCAGGGAUAAGCCCCUCCUCGUCAAGUCGUGUGUCUGCGUGUCUUUCGUCGUGAUUGUCUUCUUCCUUCACGCCUUCCCUUUCCUACAGCGGCUGUCCCUGGGCUGGACGGCGCUGCUGGGGGCUCUCCUGCUGCUACUGCUGGCCGACAUACAGGACCUGGAGCCCAUCCUGGCCAGGGUGGAGUGGUCUACUCUGCUGUUCUUCGCCGCGCUGUUUGUGCUGAUGGAGGCCCUGUCUAAACUGGGACUUAUCGACUGGAUCGGCAAGCUGACAGGAUCUCUCAUCUUACAAGUGGGCGAGGAGUCACGUCUGACGGUGGCCAUCAUGCUGAUAUUGUGGGUGUCGGGUCUAGCAUCAGCCUUUGUGGACAACAUUCCCCUGACGACUAUGAUGGUGCGGGUAAUAGCGGGUUUAGCGGACCCGGCGGGCUUGGCCCUGCCUCUUGCCCCACUAGCCUGGGCCCUGAGCUUCGGAGCUUGUCUUGGAGGCAACGGCACUUUAAUCGGCGCGAGCGCGAACGUGGUAUGCGCGGGAGUGGCCGAGCAGCACGGCUACCGCUUCACCUUCCUGCAAUACCUGCGCAUCGGCUUUCCUGUCAUGAUGGGUAACCUACUCGUCGCCACUGGUUACCUUCUACUCUGCGACGCUGUUGGAUGGCACUGAUAUACCUAGACGCGGUAUGCGCGGGAGUGGCCGAGCCGGCUACCGUGUCACCUUCCUGCAGUACCUGCGCAUCGGCUUUCCUGUCAUGAUGGGUAACCUACUCGUCGCCACUGGUUACCUUCUACUCUGCGACGCUGUCGGGUGGCACUGAUAUACCUAGACGCGGUAUGCGCGGGAGUGGCCGAGCCGGCUACCGUGUCACCUUCCUGCAGUACCUGCGCGUGGGUUUCCCUGUCAUGAUGGGUAACCUGCUCGUCGCCACUGGUUACCUUCUACUCUGCGACGCUGUUGGUUGGCACUGAUAUACCUAGACGUGGUAUGCGCGGGAGUGGCCGAGCAGCACGGCUACCGCUUCACCUUCCUGCAAUACCUGCGCAUCGGCUUUCCUGUCAUGAUGGGUAACCUACUCGUCGCCACUGGUUACCUUCUACUCUGCGACGCUGUUGGUUGGCACUGAUAUACCUAGACGUGGUAUGCGCG